UUUCAUCUCCAUUUUCAAUCAAAAACCCUUCAAAUUUGGAACCAAACUGAGCUCAUACACACACAGUGGCCGCCGCCAUGAGCCCCAAAAAGUUCCAUGAAGAUCAUCGUGAACGUUCAAGGAGUAACCACAACGAGGAGUUCAUUAUCAAUGGCCCUCGCCCAUCUCCAUUAAAUAUCAACAAAGAUUCUCACGCCAUUCACAAAUCAUCCUCUUUAUCCGGGGUUGUUCAAGCUCAAGCUCAAGCUCUCAAUGCAAUCAACAAAAAGCAACAGCGCCAACAACCGGUUAUUAUAUACACGGAGUCGCCAAAGGUUAUUCAUACGCAGGCCAGAGACUUUAUGGCUUUGGUGCAAAAGCUCACUGGACUUUCCCGCGAUGAUGAUCAAGAACAAGAAAAAGCUAAUAAUAAGAAAAACCCUAAUCUUGAAAAAGAAGAAAAAAAACCCCUUGAUAGUGAUGCUGAUGUUUCUCCUAUUAUGAAUCCUCCCAGAAACCCUUUUCUCGCUGAUAUUCCUCUCUUCACGCCGAAUUCAACUGACUUCUUCUGUUCGCCAAGGCCAAUGUAUAGAUUUUCUCAUUACAAUUCUCCAAAUACGAAGAAUCCCAUCUCGCCUUCGGUGUUUGAGUUCUUCAAGGAAUUACCAGAAUGUUAGGAGAAGAUUACUUGAUAUUUAACAGACAGUUUAGGCUUGUUUUUGUUCUUACUAUGUUCAUUACUUGAUAUUUUUCAAUAAUGGUUUUUGAUUUUGGGUUGUAAAUCUGUGUUAAUUAUGAUUAGUUUCAGUGUUAGUGAGAUGGAUUGAUUCAAGAAUGACAAUUAGAGAUGUAUUAUGGAGUGAUUAAAAUCUUUAAUUCUAUGAACUUUCUCAUUCAAAUCUA